AUGAAGCUAACACUUCACCGCUGGUUACUGCUUGUUAGUUUGUCUUCUACAUUCGCAGAGAACGGUCCUAGUCUGCCUCCAUGUCCCACUAGUCCCCAAUAUUUCCCUCAGAGCCUCCCAAUGCAUUGCCGGUUGCCCAGAAACGCAAACAUCGGCGCAUUUCCAGAUCUCCCACAAUUUCCGACCUUACCUCCCAUACCUGAUUCGUUUUUUCAUAGUCUACCUCCAGAUAAGCAUCCUCCUCCGAUUCCAAUUCCAAUACCACCUUUUCCAGGAAUGCCCAUGCCAGGACCUAUGGGCCCACCUGGCGCACCGAUGCCUGGUCCAAUGCCUAGUCCAAUGCCUGGUCCAAUGCCGGGUCCAAUGCCUGGGCCAAUGCCUGGGCCAAUGCCAGGAAUGCCCAUGCCAGGAAUGCCCAUGCCGAUGCCAAUGCCGAUAGUAGGAGGAGCUCCACACAAACUGCCAGUCAUAGUGAUGCCCUUCUAUUCUCCAGACCACUCAUAUAAAAAGCCAGGCCCACCUUCACGUCAUGAUCGUAAAAAAAAACGGAAACCAAACAAACAUAAGAAGAAGCACGAUUCUGACACAGAUGACGACAGUUCUAGUGAUGAUUCUUCUUCAGCAUCUGACGGUAUAUCAUCAGGUAGUUCCAGUGAAUAUGGAUUCUGGAAGGGGCGCAGGUCUGCACGGAGACAUAUGACAAGGAGAGCAGAGCAUCGGCACAGGUCGAAGAGGAGGGAAUCUAGAAGCAAAAAGAACCUACUCACUCCCAUUCUACAAUACGUCACAAAAGACGGAUAUGUGAUAUUUGAAAAACAAAUAUCUAAAAAUGAAGCUAAUGACUGGUUGAAACCAAAAGGUGAAAUCAGUUUGAUUGAAGAGAGACAUGAUGAGAGGGAAAGGGAUGGAAGGCCACAGGUUGAAAGGAAACCGAUAGAAAGGGAACGAAUUGAGAAACCUAAAAAUGUCGCUAAACCACCACAGUUGCAAGUAAAAGAGUUACGCAGGAAAGCAGAAAAUAUGAUGAAAAUAGAAGAGAGAAGUAAAGAGUCCGCAGAGACAGGAGAAAAAAAUGCACAGAGGAUGAGUAAAGUAAAAAAACAUCGGCCUAAGAAGGUGAACGCCCUGGUGGACUAG